GAGUUACGGUUGGGUUUUCACAAGCUUUUAGAACGCGCUUCUCUGACCUGUUCCUGGAGGUGUCUGUGGUCAAGGCUUUUUCUCCUCUUUGACUCUGUGGGGCUGGGUGAGUGCAGGAGCUGGGAGGGCUGUACUGAGCUCUGUGUGUGAGGUGGGUGUGUCAGGCCCAGCCCAGGAGCAGGUCCUACCAGCAGAGGCUCAGCCCAGCCCAGAGUGUCAGGCGGGCAGGCAAGCGGAAGCAGGCUUGGGGCAGCGGCAGAGGAAGAGCAACCGAACACAGGGUCAGGUCCUGUUCUGGAAGACACGGAGUGGCUCUCAGUAAAAUUGGCUAAAGAGCUUACUGGAAAAGAUAGCUUAGGCUACCAAGGUCUCUGCUAAAGGAGUUCCGGCACCAAGGGCUUCCAGCCUUGGCCUGUCAUCUGCCCCUGAGGCCGCGGACUACCUGCCCAUGUCCUGCCUCUACUUGCCUGAGGACAGACUCCGUAUAGCCACCAGGCUACCACCCUGGAGGUGACAGCCAUGCUCUGACCUUGGUGUUCUUCCCUAGGAUGCCUCAGACUAGUUUCUCUUCGUACCUGGGCGCCAUGUUUGCCAAUUCUUCCGCCAACACCUCUUCUACCAACAGCUCUGAGUCCGACUGUCCUGACUAUCAAAGUACACAUCGUUUGCAUAUGGUGGUCUACAGCCUGGUGUUGGCAACCAGUCUCCCUCUCAACGCUCUGGCUCUCUGGGUCUUCCUGCGUGUCCUGCGCGUACACUCGGUGGUGAGCGUGUACAUGUGCAACCUGGCAGCCAGCGACUUGCUCUUCACCCUGUCACUUCCCCUGCGCCUCUCCUACUAUGCACGGCACCACUGGCCCUUUCCAAACUUCCUGUGCCAGAUGUCGGGCGCCAUCUUCCAGAUGAACAUGUACGGCAGCUGUAUCUUUCUGAUGCUCAUCAACGUGGACCGCUAUGCGGCCAUCGUGCACCCGCUGCGACUGCGCCACCUGCGGCGGCCCCUGGUGGCACGGCGGCUCUGCCUGGGCGUGUGGGCUCUCAUCCUGCUGUUCGCCGUGCCCGCCGCCUACGUGCACAGCCCGGCCUCCUGCACGUACAAGAACAAAACCGUGUGGCUGUGCUUCGAGAGAUUCAGCGACGAACUGUGGAAGGGCAAGCUGCUGCCACUUGUGCUGCUGGCCGAGCUCCUGGGCUUUCUGCUGCCCCUGGCGGCUGUUGUCUAUUCGUCGAGCAGGGUCUUCUGGACACUGGCGAGACCCGACGCCACUCAGAGCCAGCGGCGACAGAAGACCGUGCGCCUCCUGCUGGCCAACCUCAUCAUCUUCCUGCUGUGCUUCGUGCCCUACAACUCCACGCUGGCGGUUUAUGGGUUGCUACGGGCAGACCUGGUGGAGAACAGCGGUCAGAAGCGCGAUCAGGUGCGCCGGGUGCUGAUGAUAAUGGUGCUGCUGGCCGGCGCCAACUGCGUGCUGGAUCCGCUGAUUUACUACUUCAGUGCGGAGGGUUUCCGUAACACUCUCCGCAACCUGGGCUCCCCGCUCCAGACCAGGCCUCUGGCUACCAAUGGGGCUAGAGGGGUCCUCACCGAACCACCAUCAGAAAGCACCCAAAACACUGGGCAGGAUGCCACGAGUCAGGGUCUACUGCAGCCUGCCAGUGUGGGUACAGACAUGGACAACUGCCCCCAGGAUUCAGCCCUCUGAAAGGACGAAGUCAUAGUGUACGUAGUCUUGUGCCUCCCUCAGAGGCUUAGGGUGUACAUUUGAGGGAGGGGGGCUGCGUACUUGAGACUCUGAAGCAGCUCCAGCUCUAGCGCACAGAAGGGAACAAGUCUGUAAGCAAGGACACAAGAAAGAAGAGGCUGCUGCGGCCAGCUUUAGCCUCUGUUUAUUACAGAGGAACCCUGCUCCAGGAUCUAGGAGGCCAAGCAGUGAGCAUGCGCGUGGCUAAGAGCUAGUACACGGAGCAGAAGAUGGAUCUCCUGGAUAUAGGUCAUCAGUCUGAGAACUAAAGAUCCGCUGACCCUGGUGAAUCAACUACACAGGCGUUCAUCUGUCAUCUUCAAAAAUAAAACUCAGGGCUGGUGGUGGAACCGAGAACCCACAGCCUGCGCAGCCAGAACGUUCCCAGUGAACCCCUGAACGUUCCCAGUGAACCCCAGAACAUUCCCAGUGAACCCCAGAACGUUGCCAGUGAACCCCAGAACGUUCCCAGUGAACUGGAUCCCAGCCCUACCUGCCAUGUCUGUGCUUACUCAAGGGGGAUGGACGCUCUGCCACCAGCCCUGGCUUCCCUGCUCAGGUGGGAGGUGGGACACAGCCCUGACCCAUUUCGUGACUUGUGACAACUUGGACUUGACACCUGGCGUGAGGUGGUUGGGGCAGGGCAGGGCUGUGCAUGGAGUCUCUCACUUGCUAGUUCUUGGUUCCUUUCCUAGGUCUUCCUUUUCCCUUCCCCAGCUCUCAGCCUCACCCAUCCUGGGACUUUAAUAUUCAGUCUCACUUCCUCUCUGUCCUCCCCCUCCCCCUCCUUAGACUGACCUUGGUAUGUAGCAGAGUCUGGCCUGGAACUCCUUCUUGUUUUGUUCUUGUUUUCAAGACAAGAGCCUCACUCCUUAGGUCUUGAUGUCCUGGGACUCGUUCUGUGCACCAGCCUGGCCUUGAAUUCCCAGAGAUUUGCUGGCCUCUGCCUCCUAAAUGCUGGGAUUAAAAGUGUCUGGCACUAAGACAGACUUUGGUGUUUUUUGUUUUGUUUUGUUUUUGUUUUUUCAAGACAGGGUUUGGGUUUGUCUGUGUAACAACCCUGGUUGUCCAGGAACUCACUGUGUAGACCAGGCUGGCCUCAAACUCACAGAGAUCUACCUGCCUAAGUACCUGCCUCCUAAGUGUUGGGAGUGAAGGCGUGCGGUGUGUGUGUGUGUGUGUGUGUGUGUGUGUGUGUGUAGCCGCUCACUGGCGAGCCUCCUGCUUCAGCACUUCCUAUGUGCUGGGUUACAAGCCCAGCUGCAGUCAGGGUUUUGUGGAAUUUUGAUCUUUUGAAAACUCUCUCUACAUGGCCAUCACCCUUUGCUUCUCUGUCUCUUAACUCAUUCUCUCCCUCUUAACUCAUACUCCAUUCUGGGCCUCUCCCUCUCCCUCCCUCCCCCUCCCUCCUCUCCUUUGCUCUUUUCUCUCCCCUCCCUCUCCUCUCUUUCCUCACUCACCUUUCCUCUCCUCUGUCCUCUCCCCCUCUCCUCU